UCGUCGACAUUAUUACAACCACUAUUUCACAUAUCCUAAAGCUAGUGAUAUUUUGCGUGGUUUCAUUUUUUUAAUACAGUGUUUAUUUUCGUUUUACGAUGUAACUGAGGAAAGCACUUCCUGUUUAAAUAUGGCGUCGAAUGUCGGCGAAGGCGAUUCGAACGCGAACAAAAACGAUGCUAUGGACACAGAGGACCUUGGACUAUUUGGGGAUGAGGAAGACCUUGCCAUGUCAAAUUCUAGCAUCACAGAUACCAAAUUUGACUUAGUAAUAGGCAACAUUGAGGAUAUUGUUAUGGAAGAAGAAUUUCAAACAAUGCAGCACAAUUUCUUAGAAAAAUAUUAUAAUGAAUUGAUGGACACAGAAGAAAAUAAAUUUAUAUACACAGAUAUUCAUAGAGAAUAUGUGAGUUUAAUAGAGCAUUACUUAGAAGAGGAAUUGAGUCAGCGGCUCCCAGGCUUCAGUAUGGCUGAGUUCAUCCAAGAGGUCAUGGGGAGAAAGGAGUUAGAGGGCGAGAUUUUUGAAAUGCUUCAUACCUUCAACGAUUUUAUGUCUUUCAAAGAAAUGUUCCUAGAUUUCAAAGCAGAGAAAGAAGGCAGAGUUGUGGAUCUUAGUGUAGGUAUCACUGUGACCCACUUGGGUUCAGACUUUGCCUGGAUGGGUCAUCGUUUUCAUUGUCUGGACACUCUAUGGACCGAGUAAGCAUUGACCACUGACCAAGCAUUGACCAUUGACCCCAGCCUUGACCUCUCACCAGAGCCACUCUGGAUAUUAUUGACGUUCUAAUGUUGUGCUUCAGACCUUCACUCUGUUUGGAGGCUGUUGAAAUAUUUAUUCUUAUGUAUUCUUACUUGAAUUGAAAAGUUGUG